CGUCGUCAGCUAUAAGCGAGAUGAAAGCAAGCACAGAUGCCGGCGAGCAACCAAAAGGGGACGAGCAUGAAGACCAGCCAAAGGAGGCAGGGCCGGAGGCCACAGCGCCGACCCCAAAAUCGCAAGGUAGUCCCCACGGGUGAUGUCGGAUGUUGAAGGGCAUGGCACAUCGUCUUGUCUGCUUCCUUCUCUUCUGUGGAGAAGGAUGCCGAGAAAACGGUGUAGUCAACGCCUGGAUCAUGAAGAGACAAUCCGCAUACCGCGCUCGCAAAAGAAUGCUUACCAUUGAUCUUCUCUUUUCAAUGGUCCGCUCUUGACGAUACUUCAGUCGCAUGGUCCGCUGCACUGCGCUUUGCGCCACGCAAGAGUGUCGCCCAACAGAAGAAACGUCCGACUGUUGCAGCUGCACUGCUCGCAAGCUCUUCAUCGAUGGAAAGCGCGCAUGUUGAAAGCAAAUCAUCGGAAAAGAGCGUGGUCCCCGUCCACGUCGAGGAGGAAUCAUCUUCCACGUCAAGCACAAGCAAGCCAUCAUCUGGACCGUCAAAGGAGGUCCUACAAGGCAUAAAAACGACAGCUCUGUCCCUCACGGACAGCGCAGGCGCCCAAAAGGACUUCAGUAUGCUGCCCAUCAUCACUCAACCUCCCGAGAUGGCGAUUCCACCAGAUGAGCUUGAGAGGGACCGAGCGAUUUUUGCGGAGCUUGCCGAAAAGCGGGGCGAAAGGAAAAGGCCUGACUUUGAAGACGUUGACGACGAGGAUGAUGGGGACGUCAAUGGAUGGAGCAAUACGAAGGAAGGCAAAAGGGCAAAGAAAAAGAAAUACAAGAGAAAAAGGGGUGCUUCUCCCGGCCUACAAAGCACGAUUAACUUGGACGCCGACUACGACGUCCGAGUGCCCAACGACUAUAGUGCGUUCAAAGACCUCGUGCGAUCAAGGAGAGAAGCCAUACGCCGUCUGCGAAAGGAGAAAGAGAUGCAGGAGCAGUGGGGCAGUGAAGAGGAGGAUGAAGAGGAUGAAGACUUUGACCUCGAUGAAGAACGAAGACGCAAGCUGAGUCGAUUCGCACCACCAGCAUCGUACAACGCUCAUGUCCUCCCUUCCGCCGCCCAAGGCGACCUUUUCGAUGAUGAUGAGAAACCAUACCUCUCACCUCCACCAGCACCCCCAGAGGCACCACCUGCUCCCCCCGUAGCCCAUACCCUUCCGCAAGCACAGUCGGGCGAAGAAGCAUAUCAACGCCGUUUAGCGCUCUCUCAAGCAGCGACUGGAGAAGACGCUUACCAACGUCGAUUGGCCAUGUCGCAGCAGCAGCAACAGCAGCAGCAAGAGCAAGAGUCAGCCUCGAUCUCCCCGCCCGCUCCUGCCGCGCUUGAAGCUUUGCCUGAAGCAGACGAGCUCAAGCGCAAAAAAGAAGCAGCUAUUGCCAUUGCAGCACGACUGGCCAAGUUGCGCGGCGAACAAACGGAUGCCUUAAACAACGAGCCAGACAGACUUGCGUCGACCGUGAUAGCAGCGCCAGAACAGACUGCCGCCCCAGGACCGCCACCGCCGGGACCACCUCCACGACCUCCUGCACCCCCUGUGAUGCCAGUGCGGACGCACGUGGAUCCGUCGACAUUUGCAGAGCGUUUGCUGGCUAAGCAAGGUUGGAAAAAAGGGGAAGCAUUGGGAUCGGAAGGCAGCAAGGGCAUCCUCGAGCCUAUUCGUGCCGAAAAGAUUCCUUCCUCGGGCUCGAAAAAGCUAUCAUCGUCAUCGCGCCAGGAAGAAAGUCAUGGCCAGAGCAAGAACUUGAACAAUAGAGGAACAGUCAUCAACUCGAUGGCGGAGGAGGAAAGGCGCAAGGCAGAGGCCCAGUACGGUUCGCCCUCCGAGGUCGUCGUGCUGGAAAAUGUCGUCGCGUCAAUCGAAGACGUCGACGAUGAUCUCCCUCAGGAGGUCGGGGACGAGUGUGGGAAGCACGGGUUCGUCCAGCGCGUCCUUGUGCACCCUUCGUCACCUUCUGCGGGCGAGAGCCUGCAGGGGGAGCCUGUCAAGGUCUUUGUCAGAUUCAGCGGGAUGGCGGGCGCCUGGCGUUGCCUGAAAGAGCUCGAUGGGCGGUAUUUUGGCGGCAGAACCGUUCGAGCCCGCUACUAUGACCGUCAGGCUUUUGAUUCGGGAGACUAUUCAAGGCCACUGCCAUGAUGCGAGAUCAUUUUGUAUUUGUCAAAUUCUUUUAUACAAUUAGAUGAACCCAAGAUCAGGUAGUGAUGACG